GUUCGUACAUUUUUUGGCCGAGGGAUACCGUAUCGCUCAACCAGCGUCAUCAUACGAUAGUGCACAGGGAUGGAAGAGUCACAAGAUCUUCUGAUCAGCCAAAUACUGCAGCCAAGUAAGGGCAAUAGUGAUGACUUGCUAGAGAAAAUCGGACUGGGCGGUAUACCGUCUCGCGAACAAGUAUAUCAAGAAAUCGAAGAAAAAUUGCUAUUACCUCCUAGCACUUUACCCGAAAACUGGCUUUCAACUUACCAGAUACAUUGGCAACGCGAAGUUUCAGUCCCUUCUUUGUUGACGUAUGAACCUUCUCCACCGCCAACAUCUCUUACAUUCGUCCGUUCAGGGCUGCAAGGUCAUGUCACCGGUUAUGCAGAAACUCCUAAUCCACAUGUAUCCACAGGUCUUACUUCUACUUCGAUGGACCGUGCUCCUGGCCCUAGUAAAAACUUCGUAAGAGGAAAAUCGGGUCACGUCCCUUUCUGGCCAGGAGGUUUGGAAGAUGUUAUCUCGAGUUCGGGAAAUAGUUCUAUUGAAUCUGCAAAGGGGCUGAGGACUGUCCCGCCUGGUUUCACUAGAGGCCUCCGUCUACCUGGAGACGAUUUUGAAGACGAAGCACUUGCCCAAUUCGAUGAAAAAAUCAAUGCAGAGGGCAUUAAAGAGAGUGAUAUGCGAACGCAUCUAAGACCCACCAAAACUACUCGACGAACUAGAUUAGCAACUAUUAUCAAGCGAGAUUGGGCUCAUGUUGUUGAUAUCAAUAAACCGAUGACUAACUUCCGUGAACUGGUGCCAGAGAUGGCUCACGAAUAUCCGUUCGAACUGGAUACCUUCCAGAAAGAGGCAGUAUACCAUCUGGAGAUGGGCGACUCUGUUUUUGUCGCCGCUCACACCUCCGCUGGAAAAACUGUAGUUGCUGAAUAUGCCAUUGCCUUGGCUGAGAAGCAUAUGACCCGAGCAAUCUAUACAUCUCCUAUCAAGGCGCUUUCCAAUCAGAAGUUCCGAGAUUUCAAGCAAACCUUUUCCUCUUCUUCGGUUGGUAUUCUGACCGGAGACGUACAGAUUAACCCCGAAGCAAGUUGUCUUGUGAUGACCACGGAAAUUCUGCGCAGCAUGCUAUACAAAGGAGCUGAUCUUAUCCGCGAUGUUGAAUUCGUCAUCUUUGACGAAGUGCACUAUGUCAAUGAUGCAGAGAGAGGCGUGGUAUGGGAAGAAGUAAUCAUCAUGCUUCCUGAUCACGUUAACAUCAUUCUAUUAUCUGCAACCGUCCCAAACACAAAGGAAUUUGCCGAUUGGGUUGGACGCACUAAAAAAAAAGAUAUAUAUGUAAUCUCAACAGCACAACGGCCUGUGCCUCUGGAGCAUUAUAUUUAUGCUGGAAGGGAAACAUUCAAAAUUGUAGACGCAAAUCGAAGAUGGAUUUCUGAAGGGUACAAAGAUGCAGGAGAGGCCCUGAAAAGGAAACAGGAUAAAGCGCGCGAAGCUGCUGGAUUGCCGCCAGUACAGCGGGUUGGCGCUCGUGGUGCAGCCCCACGAGGUGGCCAAAGGGGAGGGACGCCAACCAGAGGCGGACAAAGAGGUGCUACUCCGAACAACAGGGGAGCACCUCCUGGGCGUGGAGGAGGACCAUCACGUAUUAUUCAUACUGGGGCUGACAAGAAUCUAUAUGUGCAUUUGCUCAAUCAUCUACAGAAGAAGACACUACUACCUGUUGUGGUCUUCACGUUCUCCAAGAAGAAAUGUGAAGAAAACGCGGGGACGUUAACGAACGCGGAUUUAUGUACAUCGGUCGAGAAAAGUGAAAUUCAUGUCGCGAUAGAAAAGGCGCUUUCUCGAUUAAAAGGUACGGACAAAAAAUUACCACAAAUAAGUCGAAUGCGUGAUCUGCUUUCUCGCGGCAUUGGGGUGCACCAUGGAGGAAUAUUACCCAUUGUAAAAGAGGUUGUUGAGAUUUUGUUCGGUCGUGGACUGGUGAAGAUCUUGUUUGCCACAGAAACUUUCGCUAUGGGAGUAAACAUGCCUGCGCGAUGUGUAGUUUUUUCCGGUAUUCGCAAACAUGAUGGAAAGAGCUUCAGAGAUAUUUUGCCUGGAGAGUACACGCAAAUGGCGGGCCGUGCGGGAAGGCGUGGUUUGGAUCCUACAGGAACGGUUAUUAUCGUCGUUAACGAUGAACUCCCCGAUCAAACAUCGAUUCAACAUAUGAUGCUCGGUACUCCGGCAAAGCUUCAAUCACAGUUUAGGUUAACGUACAACAUGAUUCUCAACUUGCUUCGCGUUGAAGCUCUCAGGGUUGAAGAGAUGAUCAAACGCAGCUUCUCUGAAAACGCUUCUCAGAAGCUCUUACCUGAUCAACAAAAAGAAGUUGUACAGCAUGAAAAAGCUCUAUCAUCAUUGCCCAAACUUCAGUGUGAAGUUUGCUUGCCUGAUAUAGAGCACUACUAUGACGACACCUCUACCAUCGUACAACACAACGGGAGGCUCCUAGCUAUGGUCAUCAGCAACCCUUCAAAUUCAAAUAUGCUAGCAUCAGGAAGGGUAGCUGUCCUCAGAGAUUCGCAUUUCAGGUCAAAUAACGUAGCAAUUCUACUAAAAGCAGAUCUGCGACAACCUUCGAGUUUUGGCAGAAGGUUCUUUGCACUUGCUCUUGUGGACCAGAGCACCAAAAGUGGCGAGUUUGACGUCGACGAACAGUCUGUUCCCCCUCACUGGCCGCCUACGCCUGCUUCUUUACACGCAGAGAAUGCAACGUAUGAGGUUAGGAGCGUGCCUCUAGCUAGCAUAGCCCUUGUGACAAGCCGGAUUAUCAAAGUUGACACAACGAACAUUAUCGAUGUCCAUAAGAAGUCCGACCUACUUGAAGCCACGCAUUCGUUGAAGAUGCUCGUUCAGGAGUGGAUGUCCUCAGGGGCUAUACCUGAGGUGGACUGGGGUCGUAUACGCACUUUAGAAUUUCAGGAGACAUUACAGGCGAGAAAUGGCUUGGUGAAGCGUCAAAAUAGCGCAUCAUGCACCUUAUGCAUUGAUUUCAGCGAACACUACCUUUUGCUCCAUGGUCAAAAGAUUUUAAAGAAGAAUAUCUCAUUUUUGAAACUGGCAAUCUCUGACCAGAAUUUGGAACUUAUUCCCGAUUAUGAGCAAAGAAUUGAGGUACUGAAGGAGCUGAAUUUUAUUGACGAUAAUUCAACGAUACAGCUUAAGGGUCGAGUGGCUUGCGAGAUCAAUUCUACAAACGAGCUCGUUCUCACGGAGCUAAUUCUUGAAAAUACCUUAGCCAACUACGACCCUGAAGAAGUGGUCGCCUUGUUAUCGUGUUUUGUAUUCCAAGAGAAGACAGAUAUUGACCCGAUCAUUUCGCCAAAGCUAGAACAAGGACGUGAUGCUAUAGUUGCCAUACUCGACAGAAUAGGUCGUGUUCAGGACCGUCACAAAGUUGUUGUCGAAGAAUUCCGGUCCAAUCUAAAGUUCGGCCUAACGGAAGUUGUUUACGAGUGGGCUAAAGGGAUGCCCUUUGAACAAAUCACGGCUCUGACUGAUGUUGCGGAAGGUACUAUCGUUCGGGUGAUAACGCGUCUAGACGAAACAUGCCGAGAAGUGCGAGAUGCUGCCCGUGUUAUUGGCGAUGCAGAUCUAUUCAAGAAGAUGGAAGAAGCACAAAUCAAAAUUAAGAGAGACAUUGUAUUUGCUGCUAGUUUGUAUUUUUAG